AUGUCUGAAAACAGGUGGAAACAGCACGUAAUCGACGACAAGGCGAUUCCAUAUUGCCAGCUGGGGCUCGGGGAAGUAACCAAGGGUCAUGCCUCUGGAGCAGGCGACCUUGCUGACUCGUGCACACGCUGUCGUUCAGGCCGUACGGGGAAACACUUCGAGAGCGGUUCAAAUAUGCUUCAUGAAUGCAGCUGCGGUCAGAAUGCAGGCCAGGAAGCAUUUCCCGAAGCAUUGCCUUUUUACAGAAUCCUUGGUCACGGGCCGGGAUCUUCACAUACAGGGCCGCCCGAACUACUACGGUUACACGGCGAUGCAGCACGCAUGGCAUUGGACAAAACACCAUGGCCCGCCUAUCUCAGGCAUCGCUCAGAUCGCCCAUCGGACCUUCGAUCUUGUAUCGACUUCGUUCCCAAUCGAGACAAUUGCCGUGUCACAUCAUUCGAAUGUCCCCGGCUCGUUACAGGUCAUGAAUGGACGAAUGGACGUGGUCCGAAACACCUUCAGCCUCACUGGACUCGCCGACACGGCCCGGAACUUCUCUCUACGCCCGAAUCUCAACCGACCACGGACGAGUGUGUUUCUAGCACAGCAGCGCUGACAUGUCUCUGCUGCGUGCUACAGGAUCAGCUAGGCCGUACUUGUGAUGAAGCCUCUUCCUUGACGAGAAUUUUGUGUGCCGACGACCCUCAUAUGACUGGCGACGCGGCUCAUCCGCAAGUCUCAUACUCCGACAACACCGGAUCUCAUCAUCCGUCGGAGCUGCGCAACGCGACAUGCCAGCACUACUGUUCUUUCUCUGCAAUUCUGCUUUGCCUUCACUUACGCGAAUUCGCGGGAAACACGCGCUCGCGCUCGCGCUCCUUCUCCAGCGACCCGCUCCACUUCCAUUUCAAGCCCGAUGACCUCGACAUCACGACACCAACAGACAUUUGGACGAGUCCAGCGCACACCACCAUCGCCACCACCGUCGCCACCACCAUCGCCACCACCGUCGCCACCACCGUCGCCACCACCGUCGCCACCACCGUCGCCACCACCGUCGCCAACAUGGCCAACUUCUGGCACUUGCCGCGAAGCAUUCGCGACAGGAUCUACCGACUUCACCUAAUCGAAGAGGACAACAUCACUCCCGUGAGAUACAACCAAUUAAGCGUACCUGAUGGCUACCCACACAGAGUGCCCGCUCUGCUUCAAGUCUCCAAGAGACUGGACAGAGAGGCCGCGCCCAUCUUCUUUGGCGAAAACGUGUUCGAUGUACCGAGUACCUACAUCGGACAGCUGACCAGCAACAUGUGGCCACGCCAUGCCCGGCUGAUUGCCAGGCUCACCUUCGAUUGGAGCCCCAGUGCGACAGACGUGACUCGUAAUCUUGGUCCACUUCGUCAGAUGAGAGCACUGCAGGAGCUGAAUAUCAAGGUCGAUGAACGCGAAAUGGUGAGGAAGUCGGUUUGGAGCCGCGACAAAAAGAUUCGGCGGCGAUACCCUGGUCUAAGCGGCGAGCAAUUAACGCCCCAAGAAUGCUUAACGCUCUUACAAUAUCCUGGUAUCACAGCCUUGCUCCGUCUGUCCAACAUCUCCGCUGUUACAUUCUUGAAGCGAAACUCCGGGAAUGGACGCGAAGUAGGCGGCCCACUUCCGGGUGGUGUCCUCCUUACACGUGUGCUGCCGAGCAUCACUGCGGCGCCUCCUGUCGAGUCGAAAGUGACGAAGCAAAAGAAGAGCAAAGCCGAUAAAGGCAUCAAGAGGCCAAAGCAGGCGCACUUCGACUUUCUUGGUCUGCCACCAGAGCUGCGUAACCGGGUCUACGAUUUACUACUGCACGUACCUGGACCAGUGCAUCCUUCGAAGAAACCUCCGACCUCCGCUCCAAAGAGAAUCAGAGAUGGCGAGCAGCAAGUUGCACCAACCUCAGCGCUGACCAUCUUGGUGGCGUGCAAGCAAAUCUACAACGAAGCCGUGGGUAUCUUCUACGCAAACACCCCGUUCGUCUUCUACUAUCCGACCCAAGUGACUGCAUUCAUUCUGACCCUUGGUCCCGAACGUCUAUCUUCCAUCGGAGACGUAACCAUCGAGUAUGAUGCGAACGUUAGCGGAGGGGUUGCUUUUGUUGAUCUUGCCUUCCUCGCUCUAAAGAAGCUGCCAAGACUGCGCAGACUGCGGGUCGUCAUGCAGGACCAACUCUACCAGAAGAUGAAACGAUUGCAUUGGUCAUUGGGUGCUACAUGGAAUCUUGAGAAAGCCAAUCCAGGACUCAUGCCGGGUUUUGCUACGCUUUUCGAACUCCGUGGCGUCACCGACAUCCUGAUUCAAGAUCUUGAGCUCGAGGAACAGCACAAUAAGAUCGUCGACGACAGCGAGUAUCCAGAUUUUCCGGGCGACCAUCGAAGCCAAAGCAUCGCUACACUUUACAAGGCGUUCAAGCACUUCAACUCCGCUCUCCAGGAUGCGCAGAAAGGCAAAGUGAACAAAGCCCUUCUCGAAGACAACCAGUGGCAGCUGUUGGACGAGUUCCCGGUUCUAGAAGUUAUAGAAGAGACUGCGACUGAGGCAGAGGAGAUCCAGGAACCUUCGUCCGAGGAGCAUGUGCCUGUGGAAGACACUGCACGAGAGGAAUUUGCCGAAUCAGUGCUGGCAGAGAUGCUUCCUGAAGCGCCAGCUCGACUUCGGAGAAGUGCCAGGAUUGCGUCAAAGAAGCUGAAUGACAGCGAAGUUACCUCACAGGAAGACCUUGAAGACGAAGAAGAGCCAGAGGAGGAAGAUGUAUCCCAAGCAGGCGUGUUCAUUGACAGUGACAUUAGCGAGGAGAUUGUUGUGGCCCCGUUCCGUACAGUUCGUGGUCCAGCGAGGGAGAGCAUUUCGAUCGCGCGCCUGCACUUUACACUAGAUGCCCAUCAUCAACUAACGCUCCUGCCAAAACUUCUGCUCCACUCAACUCAAAAACGCAAAAAUCCAGAAUCCAGAAUCCAAACUCCCAACUCCUUCCCUGAAAACUCAUUUCAAGACUAA